AUGUCAAGUGAGCCGUAUCAAGCUGACAAUUUACCGCCAGCAUACGUCCCUGGACCAUGGCCGCCGAUCACAAAGGAAGCUGGAGAAGGAUCAGAAAAAAUAUCAGAGACCUUACAACAAGCAUACGAUGAUUUACCAUCCCAUUUACGUUUACCAAAUGGUGAACCUGAUUAUCUUCGAUUGAUUUUAUCAGCAGACAUUUACUCUCUGGUAAAGCAAACUCCGCUUAUGCUCGCAACCAACCUUUCGACCCGAUUAGGAUGUCAAGUCAUGAUGAAACGUGAAGAUUUACAGCCCGUUUUCAGUUUCAAAUUACGAGGAGCAUUCAACAUGAUGCGUCAAUUAACAGAUGAGCAAAAGUGGAAAGGUGUGAUUGCUUGCAGUGCAGGAAAUCACGCUCAAGGUGUAGCACUUUCAGGAUCUCAUCUAAACAUUCCUUGUACUAUCGUCAUGCCAACAGGAACGCCGAGUAUCAAAACUGAAAAUGUAAGAAGAUUAGGCUCAAAAGUGGUUUUGCAUGGUGUCAAUUUCGAUGAAGCAAAGGCAGAAUGUGCAAGACUUGCUCGCAUUCAUGGACUCAAGAUCAUUCCUCCUUUUGAUGAACCACGAGUGAUUGCAGGUCAAGGUACGGUCGCUGUUGAGCUGUUAUCACAAACCGAUAUGAGCAAAGUAGAUGCUAUCUUUUGCUGCGUUGGAGGAGGAGGUUUGUUAGCCGGAGUAGCAUCUUACAUCAAACGUAUUGCACCUCCAGGUAUCAAAGUGAUUGCUGUGGAAACAUACGAUGCCGAUGCAUUAGCAAGAAGUCUAGAAGCAGGACAGCGUGUGACAUUGGAUGACGUCGGUUUGUUCAGCGAUGGAACGGCAGUACGUAUCAUUGGUGAAGAGAACUUCCGUCUUUGUCAUGGAUUGGUGGAUGGUAUAGUCCGGGUAGACACAGAUGAAAUUUGUGCUGCUAUAAGAGACGUCUUUGAGGACACAAGAUCGAUACCCGAGCCAGCUGGAGCAUUGGCUAUUGCAGGGAUGAAGAGGUACAUCCUGGAAAAUAAUUUGCAAAACAGUGGAAAGAGAUUCAUUGCAACUGUGUCAGGCGCCAACAUGAACUUCUCUAGACUACGUUUCGUUUCUGAACGUUCUGAACUUGGUCAAAAGCGAGAGAUUCUGUUAAUGGUCGAGAUUCCCGAAUCACCUGGAAGUUUCUUACGACUUGCACAAAAGAUUUUCCCAAGACAAUUAUCUGAGUUCAGUUAUCGUUAUGAUCGCUCAGAUCGCGCACAAAUCUUCUUGAGUUUCUUAUUGGACACACCUGCGGGAAUGCAAAAUCUACCUGCAACAAGUGUUCCUCCUCCUCCAACGUCAGGAGGAAUGCCAGUUCCAACACCCGUUGCUGAAGAAGCACAUAUUCGCGCUCAAAGCACCUCAAAUGGUACCUCUACGCCUUCUCGUGGAAGAUUUGAAGAACGUAGCGAUAACACAGCAAGAUUGCCUUCGCCUGCACCCGCACCUGGAAAACAACAAGAAGAUUUAUUUGCUACUCAAGCAGCCGCCAUUCAGGCAGUAUAUGAAAGUGAAGUUCAAGCAAUUUUGGAAAUGAUUAAUGGGGAAGGUAUGACAGCGAUCGAUAUUAGCAAUAAUGAAGUAGCUAAAUCACAUGCAAGAUAUAUGGUCGGAAGUAAGAGUGAAGUACCAAACGAGCGAUUGUUCCAAUUCACCUUCCCAGAAAGACCUGGUGCAUUGCUGAAAUUCUUGCGUGGAUUGGAUAAAGGUUUCAAUGUUUCAUUGUUCAAUUAUCGUAACAAUGGUGGAGAUACCGCUUCCAUCCUAGUCGGCAUUCAAGUUGAACCAAAUCAAGAAAGCGCAUUCCAAAAAUUCCUGCAGACGAUCGGUUAUCGAUUCCGAGAAGAAACGGACAAUGAAGUUUAUAAGAAAUUUAUGCGGUAA